GCGAUAUUUACAACAAACCAACCCAAAAGAACAAAUAAUAAUAAAUAACAAGAAUUAUUAAGAUUCUCGAAUAGUAAUAAUUAUUAUAUAAUAUAUUUUUUUUUUCGUUAUUUAUUGUUUUUCAUUUAUUUUUUUUUUUGUUAUUUGUUCAUUCCAUUUUUAAUUAUUUUUGGUGUGUUUUUAUUUAAAAAGAAAAUAAUACACAUUAUCAAUAUAAUAUAAUAUAUAAGUAUAAUAAUAAUAAAAGUAAUCAUUUGGAAUAAAAGUUUGUAUAUAUGUAUAAAAAAAUCAUAAAAGAUUAAAAUGAUAAUGAACUCACCAACCAAUACCCCCAAUAGGGAUUCAAAGAUGUACGUUAUAAAAAGAGAUGGCCAAAAACAAAACGUUACAUUUGAUAAAAUUACAUCUCGUAUCAGAUUUUUAUGUGAAAUGGAACCAAGAUUAAAUGAAGAAAUUGUUGAUCCAGCAGAAGUUGCACAAAAAGUUAUUUCUGGUGUUUUCCCAGGUGUUAAAACUACAGAGUUAGAUAAUUUAGCAGCUGAAACUGCUGCAUAUAUGUCAACUAGACACCCAGAUUAUGGAGUUUUAGCUGCACGUAUUAGUGUUUCAAAUCUUCACAAACAAACAUCAACUAGUCUCGUUGAAACCGUCAAAAUCCAAUAUGAAUAUAUUAAUUCAAAAACCAACUUACCAGCACCAUUGGUCUCUAAAGAACUCUAUGAUAUUGUCAAUGAACACGCCGAACGUCUUGAAAAAGCCAUUGAUUACCAACGUGAUUUCGAUUACGAUUUCUUUGGUUUCAAAACAUUAGAACGUUCAUAUCUUCAUCGUAUCAACAAUAGCAUCGUUGAACGUCCACAACACAUGCUAAUGCGUGUUUCUAUCGGUAUUCAUGGUAACGAUAUCGACAAUGCAAUUCUUACCUACGAGAAAUUAAGUCAAAAACUCUUUACACAUGCCACACCAACUCUUUUCAAUGCUGGUACACCAUACCCACAAAUGUCCUCAUGCUUUUUAGUUCAAAUGAAAGAGGAUUCAAUCGAUGGUAUUUAUGAUACCCUCAAACAAUGUGCUUUAAUUUCAAAAUCUGCAGGUGGUAUAGGUAUUGCUUGCCAUAAGAUUCGUGCCGCUCAAAGUUAUAUUCGUGGUACCAAUGGCACCAGUAAUGGUUUGGUACCAAUGCUCCGUGUUUUCAAUGAUACUGCUCGUUAUGUAGAUCAAGGUGGUGGUAAAAGAAAAGGUGCCUUUGCAGUAUAUCUCGAACCAUGGCACUCAGAUAUUUUUGAAUUUAUUGAACUCAAAAAGAAUCAUGGUAAGGAAGAAAUGAGAGCCAGAGAUCUCUUUUACGCUCUUUGGGUCAGCGAUCUUUUCAUGGAAAGAGUAGAACAAAACGGAGAUUGGUCACUCUUUUGUCCUAACGAAGCCCCACGUCUUGACGAAACUCACUCAGAAGAACAUCGUGAACUUUAUCUCAAAUAUGAAAAUACACCAGGCCUUGCUAGACGUGUAAUUAAAGCUCAAGAACUUUGGUUUGCAAUCAUGGAGUCUCAAGUUGAAACUGGUACACCAUUUAUUCUCUAUAAAGAUUCUUGUAAUUCUAAAUCCAAUCAAAAGAAUCUUGGUACUAUUAGCAGCAGUAAUCUUUGUACCGAAAUUAUUCAAUACACAUCCCCAGAUGAGAUUGCUGUAUGUAAUCUCGCAUCCAUUGCCUUACCAAAAUUCAUUCGUAGAAAAGAAGGUUCAACCAAUCCAAAAGAAAAAGAAUUUGAUCAUCAAAAACUUUAUGAAAUCACUAAAAUUGUUACCAAGAAUCUUAACAAAAUUAUUGAUCGUAACUACUAUCCAGUUCAAGAAGCCAAAACCUCUAAUUUAAGACAUCGUCCAAUUGGUAUUGGUAUUCAAGGUCUUGCUGAUGUUUUCAUUCAACUUCGUAUGCCAUUUGAUGGUACCGCUGCCGCAAAAUUAAACAUUGAAAUUGCAGAAACUAUUUAUUUUGCUGCCCUUACAGCAUCACACGAGUUAUCUCUUAUUGAAGGUCCAUAUGAAACAUUUAAAGGUUCACCAGCCAGCCAAGGUAUUCUCCAAUACGAUUUCUGGAAUGUUACACCAACAAAUCGUUGGAACUGGACUGAUCUCAAAGAUAAAAUUGUUAAUAAAGGUGGUCUUCGUAACUCACUUUUAAUAGCACCAAUGCCAACUGCAUCAACUUCACAAAUUUUAGGUAACAACGAAUGCUUUGAACCAUAUACCAGUAACAUUUACAGUCGUCGUGUUUUAGCUGGUGAAUUUACUAUUGUCAAUAAACAACUUCUCGAAGAUCUCAUGGAGUUAGGAAUUUGGUCACCAGAAUUAAAGAAUCAAAUCGUUCUCAACCGUGGUUCAAUUCAAAGUAUCCCAUCCAUUCCAGAUGAUCUUAAAGAACUUUACAAAACAGUUUGGGAAAUUAGACAAAGAACAUUAAUUGAUAUGGCUGCUGAUCGUGGUGCUUUUAUUGAUCAAAGUCAAAGUUUCAAUGUUUUUAUUGCUGAACCAACUUUUGCUAAACUUACAUCAAUGCAUUUCUACUCUUGGAAAAAAGGUCUCAAAACUGGUAUGUACUAUCUCCGUACUCGUCCAGCUGCUGAUGCUAUUCAAUUCACUGUUGACCCAACAGUUCAACAAACUCCAAAACCAGUUGAAAAGGAUCAAACCCCACUCAAAACCCCAACAAAUAAAACUCCAAGUUCACUUAAUCGUUCAACUAAUUCCCCAACAAACGCUACCAGUCCAAUUCCAUUAUCAUUUAGACCAGCUCAACAAGAAGAGGAUAUUUCAAAUUAUGAAGGUAUGGUUUGUCGUCGUGAAGAAGGUUGUUUAGUUUGUGGUAGUUAAAGAAUCAUUAAUAUUAUUUUAUUAAUAAUAAUAAUCCAUAUUAAUCUAUUUAAUAUAUUUGUAAAUUAACGAUUUUUAAAAAAAAAAAAAAAAAAAAAAAAAUGG